AUUGGCGCCUUGAACCGAAAAAAGCAGUUUUAUUGUUUAGCUAGUCGUCUGUGGGGCAAUCUUCCUGGUAAAUUGACUUCUCCCGGGGUGCUUCAGGGUAUCUAGCCAAGAGUUUCGUGAUGGAUAGCAUCGCGUAUUUUCUUAUCUUGCUCGCGAGGAUUUCGUAUAAGUAGCGACUAUGUCCUCGAGCCUUCACAGUUGAAGUUUGUGUUAUCUCGUCGCUUCCACCAUCCUCCCCUCCUCCCUCGUCUUCCGCAGCUUUCUUUUCCCCUUUUCCCGUCUCCUUCUUUUCAAUUCUUUCUACAGCUGGGCUGUAUUCAGGGUCACAAUGGCACCCAAUUUCAAGAAGGUCAAGGUUUUUAGCAGCCACCAAAGGGGUGCGGCGCCGCCCAACUAUAUCGAUACUACCAUCGAAGAGGCGUCCAACCAAGAUCUAGAAGCGGGUAGUUUUUUGACGGAGACCCAGAGAAAUAACUCGGUCGAUACUAACAACCAUGGCGACAACCCGUACUUGGAUGAGUACAGAGCCUUGGUUCGUUAUGUUGAUACGUAUAGGGAUCCUAAUGCGGAAGUGGGGGAGGAGGACUUCUCACAACAGGACCAGAAGAGGCCAUGGUGGGCAUUCUGGCGUGGUGGUAAAAGCGGUUAUGCUCGUGCUGCUUUGAGCGAUUUCGAGACGCCGAGUGACUGGCUCAACACAGAUAUCAGAGAUGGUCUUUCAUCGAUGGAAGUCGAACGGAGACGGAAAUUCUCCGGAUGGAACGAGCUGUCGACUGAGAAGGAGAACAUGAUUCUCAAGUUCAUCGGCUUCUUCCGUGGGCCUGUUCUCUACGUCAUGGAAGUUGCCGUGAUCAUAGCUUUGGGCAUGCAAGACUGGCUGGACGCUGGUAUUAUCAUUGGUAUCCUGUUGCUCAAUGCUAUCGUCGGUUGGUACCAAGAAAAGCAAGCUGCCGAUGUCGUUGCCAGCUUGAAGGGAGAUAUUGCCAUGAAGGCUCGUGUCGUCCGAGAUGGCAAGGAGACGGAGAUCAAGGCCAGGGAGCUUGUGCCUGGUGAUAUCAUUAUUAUUGAGGAAGGCUACGUUGUUGCUGGUGAUGCUCGUCUUAUUUGCGAGUAUGAUAACCCCAACGGACAGGCUCAGUACCAGGCAGAGCUUUCGGCUCAAGACGUCACUUCGCCACGCCAGGAGAAAUUUGAGGAGGGUGAUGAUGAAGGAACGCCUCACAUCGGUCACGCGAUCGUCGCCAUCGACCAGAGCGCUAUCACUGGUGAAUCUCUUGCGGUCGACAAGUACAUGACCGAUACCGUUUACUAUACGACUGGCUGCAAACGUGGCAAGGCUUAUGGUGUUGUUACUUCCGGUGCUCAGGCUUCAUUUGUCGGCAAGACUGCUAGCCUUGUUCAGGGUGCUAAGGAUUCGGGUCACUUCAAGGCUAUCAUGGACUCUAUCGGUACUACUCUUUUAGUCCUCGUCGUUUUCUGGAUUCUUGCUGCGUGGGUUGGUGGUUUCUACCGCAACCUCCACAUUGUUGCACCCGAGGAGAGUUCCAACAACUUACUGACUUAUGCUCUGAUCCUUCUUAUCAUCGGUGUCCCCGUUGGUUUGCCUGUCGUUACUACCACUACUUUGGCUGUUGGUGCUGCCUACCUCGCUAAGGAGAAAGCCAUCGUACAAAAGCUGACGGCUAUCGAAUCGCUCGCUGGUGUUGAUAUUCUUUGCUCUGAUAAGACUGGUACCCUAACGGCCAACCAACUUUCCGUUCGCGAGCCCUUCGUUAUGGAAGGUGUGGACAUCAACUGGAUGAUGGCUGUUGCUGCCCUAGCUUCAUCGCACAACAUCAAGGCCCUCGACCCUAUCGACAAAAUCACCAUUCUCACUCUCAAGCGUUACCCUAAGGCAAAGGAAAUGAUCAGCGAAGGAUGGAAGACCGAGAAGUUCACCCCCUUUGACCCCGUCUCUAAGCGAAUCACUGCUGUAUGCACCCACAACGGUGUAAAAUACACAUGUGCUAAGGGUGCCCCUAAGGCUGUGUUGGCUCUGACCGACUGCAGCGAGGAACAAUCCGCACUCUUCAAAGAGAAGGCUACCGAAUUUGCGCGCCGCGGUUUCCGUUCUCUUGCUGUCGCCGUCCAGGAAGAAGAUGGCCCAUGGGAAAUGCUUGGGAUGAUCUCUCUUUUUGACCCUCCCCGUGCUGAUACUGCUCAAACUAUUGCUGAGGCCCAGGCCCUUGGCUUGUCUGUCAAGAUGUUGACUGGUGAUGCUAUCGCUAUUGCUAAGGAGACGUGCCGUAUGCUGGCCUUGGGAACUAAGGUGUACAACUCGGACAAGCUACUUCAUAGCGAUAUGGCUGGAACUGCUAUCCAUGAUCUUUGCGAGAGAGCUGACGGAUUUGCUGAGGUGUUCCCUGAACACAAAUACCAGGUUGUUGAAAUGCUUCAGCAACGUGGUCACCUGACGGCCAUGACUGGUGAUGGUGUCAACGACGCUCCGUCAUUAAAGAAGUCUGACUGCGGUAUUGCUGUGGAAGGCGCUACUGAAGCCGCCCAGGCCGCUGCCGACAUCGUGUUCCUCGCCCCAGGUCUUAGCACUAUCGUCUCCGCCAUCAAGAUUUCCCGCCAGAUUUUCCAGCGAAUGAAGGCCUACAUCCAAUAUCGUAUCGCUCUUUGCUUGCACCUUGAGAUCUACUUGGUUACUUCAAUGAUUAUCAUCAACGAGACCAUUCGUGCCGAUCUUAUCGUCUUCCUAGCCCUAUUUGCUGACUUGGCCACUAUUGCCGUCGCUUAUGACACUGCACAUUACGAGAAGCGCCCCGUAGAGUGGCAACUCCCUAAGAUCUGGAUCAUUAGCAUCGUCUUGGGUGCUCUGCUAUCUCUUGGAACUUGGAUCCUCCGCGGUACGCUCUGGCUUCCUCAGGGUGGUGUCGUUCAAGACUAUGGAUCCAUCCAGGAGAUUAUCUUCUUACAAGUAUCGCUCACUGAGAACUGGCUUAUUUUUGUCACUCGUGGUUUCGAGACUAGACCAUCUUGGCAAUUAGUCAGUGCUAUCUUCGGUGUCGAUAUCCUUGCCUCUCUCUUCGCCGGUUUCGGUUGGUUUUCUGGUGGAUUCGGUGAACCCUCCAGCCCAGCUUCGAUCUCUUCCAAGUUAUCUGAGAAUGGUGCUACCGAUAUCCUAACUAUCGUUGUUGUUUGGGUGUACUCAAUUGCCUGCGUAAUCGUCAUUGCUAUUAUCUACCAGACCAUGACACGCAUGAAGAGCCUAAACGACCUCGGCCGCAAGAAGAGGUCCGCUCAGGACACGAUGAUGGAGAACAUCCUCACUCACUUGAGCAAGGUCGCUCUUGAACACGAGCGUGAUGACAAAGGCGGCGACCGCUUCUACCUUGCUCAGAAGCAGGUUGUUGAGGAAGAAGAAUAAGGGAUCAUGGAUGACAAGUAUAUAGGAGCUAUGGGGUUUGGUGUUACAAAAUGGUGGUUAUUAUUC